AUGAAUUUUCAUUGCAUUUAAAGUUAUUAAAGCUAAUGGCAUCAAGAUGCAGCCACUAGAAAAUAUAUUUUUUUCCGCUAUUUUAAUUUUAUGUUGCGCUUCUUUAAUAAAUUCUCGACCAUUGCCCUUCGAAGGAGCAGCACCAAUUGGCAGAAAACAUGAAAAUGGCGCAGAGAACAGACAGAAAACGCAACGUCAAGUGGUGCAACCAAAAUGGCUAACUAAUGUAAAUGGUCCGGAGUUAUUCACCGACGGCAUUGUGCGCAUAACUCCGCAGAAGUUAAAAGAAACCGCAGCGUUGCGCGAUGCCAUUCAAAAGGCAGUUAAAGAGGGACAUUUUGCGGUUGAUAUCUAUCAGGAUCAGCAGGUGCAGUUAGCACCGUUCAAUAGAGGAAGCGACCAACAAAAUGUACAACCUGUUCCCCAGCAGUCAUCAGCACCACAGUUCGUUCCAAUACCAUUAGCGCUCUUCAAUCCAACUCAAUGGACCUUCCAAUUGCCCACAAUGCCCGCUGGGCUACCCAUGAAUCAGGAGCAGCCCAAUCUGCUGCAACGAAUGUGGAAUGAUUUCCUGGUGAAUAAUCAUCGGAUGUUGGAACAAAUGUAGAUUAUAGCAGAAGCCGUGUAAAGUGGAAGUAAAUUGCACGGAAGUCAGUUGAAAAGUGCCUGGUUGCAUAUUUAUUUUUUAAAUGCAAUUUAUUUAAGUUUCUAUUAAUGGGCUGCGAAGUAAGGGAUCCGCAUAUUUGUAUGUAUAAGUGUGUUUUUUUGCUUAGCUCAUACAGUUGUACAAAAAUUAUAUACCUUACAUUGCACAGUAUUUUAGUUUUAAGCCUGGGAGAGUUGCGUGAAAAUAUUUUAAUUUAAUUGAAGUUGGGCACACAACCAAAGUUCUCUUAGUAGAUUUUAGAUAAUAUUUCGUUUACCUUUUCUCUUUUUUGGCUCUUGGAAUUCUACCUGAAAUCUAUGUACGAAUAUAUAUCCAAAAAUUGAAAAAUAAAAAAUUCUUUAUUCUCUC